GGAAGGACCGCUUUUUACCACAGUCAUAAAGUCAUAAUUAUGGCAAAACCCCAUCCAUUUAUACAACUUUUUAAACCUAACCUUAACCACACUGUUAAGAUUAUGCCUAACCCUAAUCUCAAAUGAAGAACAAAAAGUAGAUUUCUGUUUUCAUAAAUGUUUUGCCAAUGUUGACAUUGUGGCUGUGAUAACUAGUGAUAAGCCAACUAGUCAGCCAUGUUCUUUUAUAGUUACAUGAUAAUGGUCAGCCACCUCGGUAGCUUGCUAGCUGAAACAUUGAAGCUCUUUAGACUCGUUCAUGUAUAUUAUCCACUGUGUUUUAAACUCACUUCUGUCGUCUAGCUAGUUAUCCCAUUUAAUUUCAUAUGUACAUUGUUGUUAUUCAUCACCGAAGGUAGCUGUCUGGUUUAGUUCACUAGCCUAGAUAGCUAACUGUUAGAUAACAUCUCCGACCAUGAGUUCACUGAGCUACUCUCCUCCUGAUAAAGAAGAGGAGGUCUGCUGGACGGAGAAAGAAGGUCUGUGGCUGAAUGUUGUCGUAAAAGAGGAGGAGGAAGAGGAGGAUGUUACAGUAACAAAAGUAGAGGAUGAGGAUGUUGCCGUGAAAGAAGAAGAGGACGAGAAAGAGGAGGAUUCAGAUUUUGGAGAGGAGGGAGAGAUAACUGGUAUAUUGGAAGAAGAGGAGGAGGAUCUGAUUAACCCCAGAGAGAUACGUGACUAUUGUGGAUCCUCUGGGGAGCCUCAACAACAUCAUGAUGCUGAUGAGGCAGAGAAGAGUCUCUUCACAUCAGAACACCUCAAGAAACACCAGCGGAAACCCACAGGGAAGAAACUUCACCACUGCUCUGACUGUGGGAAGAGUUACUCAAGAUCAGAUUCACUAAAAGUACACCAGAGAAUUCACACUGGAGAGACAUCUCACUGCUGCUCUGACUGUGGGAAGAGGUUUACCUCUUCAGCAGACCUCAAAAGACAUCAGAGGAUCCAUACAGGAGAGAAACCUUAUAGCUGUGAUCAAUGUGGAAAGAGUUUUAAUGUUCCAAGCAGCCUAAAAACACACCAGAGAACACACACAGGGGAGAAACCUUACAGCUGCGCUGACUGUGGGAAGAGUUUCUCAAAAUUAUAUACAUUACAAUCACACCAGAGAAUUCACACUGGAGAGAAACUUUAUAGCUGCUCUGACUGUGGGAAGAGUUUUUCAAAAUUAUAUACAUUACAAUUACACCAGAGAAUUCACACUGGAGAGAAACUUUUUAGCUGUGAUCAAUGUGGGAAAAGGUUUACUCACUCAAGCUGCCUGAAGGUACAUCAGAGAACACACACAGGAGAGAAACCUUAUAGCUGUGAUCAGUGUGAGAAGAAAUUUGUUACAUCUAGCAGUCUGACUAUACACCGGAGAUCUCACACAGGAGAGAAACCUUAUAGCUGUGAUCAAUGUGUGAAAAGUUUUACUUCAUCUAGCCAUCUGACUAUUCACCAGCGGACACACAAGAGAGAAACCUUGUAGCUGUAAUCAAUGUGGGAAGAGUUUUAGCCAAACAUCCUGAUAUCACACCAGAGAACACACACAGGAGAGAAUUCUUAUAGCUGUGAUCAAUGUGGAAAGAGAUAUGCUGGUAAAAUUUAGAAAAUACAUACAUGAAGUUGUUUCAUGAUGUCAAUAAAAUGUCACAAUGUAGAAUGUUAUUAACAUUGUAGUAGGAGUAUUUUAAUGAUGUCACAAUGUAGAAUGUUAUUAACAUUGUAGUAGGAUUAUUUUAAUGAUGUCACAAUGUAGAAUCGUAAACGUUUGACCCCAUGUUCUAUUGAUUUCAGAGUGAUAUAGAUAUUAGCCUCGGGAUGAAUCCAGGCCUCAUCAGGGGAAGUAAUGAGUACUAUUUAUUUGAUUAACAAAAAAGUGAUUAACAAGAAAAAGAGUUGUUUACACUUGGCGCCCCAUUUGAAUGAGAAUAGAGCACUUCAAAAUGUAGCUAGCUGUUUUCUGCAGGUUGUCCUCUAACCAGUGAGAUAAAAUAUAUCUCCCAUUUCCGUGUGUUUUUUUUAGUUGUGUUCGUUUCAACAGCACAUACAACCUGAUUUCCCCCCUAAUAGAUGUAUUGCCAGUUGUCAAAACAACAGCAUAAUUAAUAUACUUACUUACUGACUUUAUUGUCCCCAAAUUUACACAUUUAAAGUGGUGUUUCAAUACAAAACAAGAUUGACAACUUUUAUAACAGUUACAUACCGAUAAAAAUAAUAACAGUAAGAAAUACAACUUUUUUUUUUUAAAGAAGAAAUGACUGCUGGCUGGGAACAUUCACCCGAGCUAUUUAGGAGGGAUAUCACACCUGGCAUAAAUGAUUGUCUCGUUCUGUUUUUCCUGCUGAGGCCCUGUACCUGCGCCCAGAGGGGAGUAAUUCAAAGUCUUGGGGGUGGCUUGUGUCUAAAAUGAUGAUAUGAUAUGAUUACUACUGUGGAACAUGUUUGUGUAGAUAGUAGAUUUUAUGUUAAACUUUUCAAUAUCACAAACUGUUUCUAUUGAUUUGAACAAGUUAUAACUCUUCUGAUUUGGGCUCCUCCAAAAUAGCAAAAUUAAAUAAAGAUUUAUUCAUUUUUAAAUUGGGACUAUGCCCAAUGUCUUAUUAUUAUUAUUAUUAUUAUUUUUAAGUGAAAGUUUAAAAUACUAGUGCAUUAUUGUCAAUACAUAUUAAACGGGGUGUGUGUUCAAUUUGGUUUGAUAUUUCAAAAUAUUUACAUUUCAUGUAACAUCAGAAUUAUUUGAUCAUUUUUCAGUACAAUUAUAUUGUUUACUAACUAAUAUUUUGGGUUGGAUAUUACAUCAUAUUCUUACUAUUUUAAUCAAUGGCUUUUCCUUAGAAUGAUCAUUAGUCUUUCAUUUUUUUUUGUGAUUCUUUAGUUUUUUUUAUCCUCGUAUGUUGUGUAGUAAAUAUGAAUUUUAUUUUAGUUUUUUUUCCUGUGAAGCAAAAUUUCUGAAAUGUGAAAUGUUAUAUAAAUAAAGCUUGAUUUGAUUUGAACUUAAAACAAAAAACAAAUUAACUCAAUGACUGACCAAUCAAAACAAAUGAACCCAAUGACUGACCAAUCAAAACAAAUGAACCCAAUGACUGACCAAUCAAAACAAAUGAACCCAAUGACUGACCAAUCAAAACAAAUGAACCCAAUGACUGACCAAUCAAAACAAAUGAACCCAAUGACUGACCAAUCAAAACAAAUGAACCCAAUGACUGACCAAUCAAAACAAAUGAACCCAAUGACUGACCAAUCAAAACAAAUGAACCCAAUGACUGACCAAUCAAAACAAAUGAACCCAAUGACUGACCAAUCAAAACAAAUGAACCCAAUGACUGACCAAUCAAAACAAAUUAACUCAAUGACUGACCAAUCAAAACAAAUGAACCCAAUGACUGACCAAUCAA